AUGAGUGAUGAAAAGAAAACCGCAAUUGGUUUACGGGAAAGGUUGUUGAGCGCUGUUGCAGGCUCAUUGCUAACGUCGUUGAUAUUAACACCUAUGGAUGUAGUGAGAAUACGACUUCAGCAACAACAAAUGUUGUAUGAUUGUAUUUGUGAUUCGGAGGGAACACCUUUGGCGAAAAUGGGGCCUGAAAAGGGCCUUUUUUGGCAAGAUUCUUGCUUUCAGGAUGUGAGUUGCAAAACAGGGCCCGUACGGUAUAAUAGCACAUGGGACGCUUUUGGCAAAAUAGCGAAAAUGGAAGGCAUCACCAGUUUGUGGAGAGGCAUCUCUAUCACUUUAUUAAUGGCUGCACCGGCCAACAUGGUAUAUUUUAUUGGGUACGAAACUCUGCGAGAUAAGACGCAUCUUCAAGAUACGUAUCCAGUGCUGAAUCCACUUAUGUGUGGUGCUGCGGCUAGGGUUCUGGCUGCCACUAUUGUGGCACCUCUGGAGUUACUGCGAACACGUCUUCAAAGUAUUCCAAGAUCAAAUACCAACAGUACAGCGGCCAUGAUGGUAAAGGAUUUGAUGAAAGAAUCAAGACUGGAAUUUUCGAAAAUAGGUUACAAGGCUCUAUUCAAGGGCUUGGAAAUAACACUUUGGCGAGACGUUCCCUUCAGUGCUGUUUACUGGGGUUGCUACGAAUUUUACAAAAAGAGAUCAGCCAAGUAUAUGAUGAAUACAUCGUCCACUAAUCACUGGAAUCACUUCAUCAAUAGCUUUAUCGGAGGAAGUUUAAGUGGUGCUAUUGCUGCAGUAUUGACCCACCCUUUCGACGUGGGGAAAACGCGGAUGCAGAUUCGCUUUUCUGUGGACAGCUCCAAGUCCUCACAGCCUUCAAAAAAUAUGUUCAAGUAUUUGGACGAAAUAAGGAAAAACGAAGGUAUCGUAGCACUGUACACAGGUCUCGUACCGAGACUCAUCAAAGUUGCACCCAGUUGCGCCAUUAUGAUAUCAACUUAUGAAGUGUGCAAGCUUUUUUUCAGCACUUGA